UCACACGGACAUAUUACUCGAUACACAGCCGGCACACGUUUCUCUUACCUCAUCGUUGUUGUUGCCUGUGGUAUCGUUGUCGCUUAAACUAUGGGGAUUGAGGGAAAGACGCCGAACCGUCCCUCUGGAGUGCUGGAGUGGAUUUCCACAGUCUACCGUUUUGCCACAGACAGAAACGACUUCAGACGGAACCUGCUCGUAAAUGUGGGUCUUUUUGCUGCUGGUGUAUGGGCAGCGAGGAAUUUAUCGGACUUUGACUUGACGACACCGCAGCCUAUUUCAUAGCAAAUGAAAGCUCAAGAGAAGAUGGUUGGUGUCUUCUAAUGCAGAGAGGAGUACCUGGAUGAAACAGAAGCUCAAAAUGUAACUGUUCUGCUUAUUUAAUGUUGCAAUUCAAAAAUAAACAAGUGAACACUUUUGCUGA